ACCGGGGCUUUGACUCGCACAUAGGUUUUUGGUCGGCCGGUCAGUACUACUACAACCACACCAACUGCUACAACCCGGCCAGUUGUGGACUGGACUUCCGACACGGGCUGGAACUUCUAACAAACGCCACCGGAGUCUACUCCACACAACUGUUCACCGAUCGAUGCGUCCAUAUAAUAGAUGAACAUGAUACAUCGCGACCAUUAUUCCUGUAUAUGCCAUACCAAUCACUACAUUCGUCAACGUUCAAAUUGACCUUAGAGGUGCCUCAAAAGUACGUGGAUAAGUUUGAUUAUGUUGUGUCGGGCGUUAGGCGCCGACUGGCGGCUAUGGCUAACAAUAUGGACGAGUCGAUUGGCGUGAUUAUAGAGCGCUUACAUUCCAGGGGAAUGUUAGACAAUAGUGUCGUUAUAUUUGUUAGCGAUAACGGGGGCGACCCCCUACAGCACGUGGGUAAUGGUGGUUCAAAUUAUCCAUUACGUGGGACAAAAUUUGGGUUAUUUGAGGGCGGUAUCAGAGUUCCGGCAUUCAUAUGGAGUCCAUUGUUGAACAAAAGUGGUUACGUAUCGAAUGCAUUGAUUCAUGUGACAGACCUGUUGCCAACCAUAUUGGACGCCAUUAACGGCACCGGUAUUCGCAACGAGAAUAAUAUUUAUGGCAUAUCUCAUUGGGCUACACUAUCUAAUAAUAAACGCCCGGUGCGCACGGAACUCCUACAUAACAUCGACCCCAUAUGGAAUAUGUCGGCCAUUCGGUACUACGACUACAAACUGGUUAAGAGCACCGGACCCGUCAACUCGUCG